AUGCGGGCAGGGAGGGAGGGCGAGCGGGGGUGGGCACCGGGCGGAGCCGGGGCGGGGGGGUCGGGCCCGGAGCGGGGCCACCGGAGACGCGCCCGCCGGGGCUGGGAAGUGCCCGGAGCGUCGGCGAGGAGGAGCCCCCCUCUUCCUCCCUGCCCCGUCCUUCGGGGUGAUGCCCGCCCGGAGAGGGAUGCGGGCUGGAUGCGGCAGCGCCCCGACGGGCCGCGGGCAGCCGCUCGGCUGCGUGCGACAGCGCUGCGGGCGGGCGCCCUGGGGACAGGGAGGGCAUCCUUGAAAAACGCUUUUGCCAACACGCCCCCGGCAGCUGCGGGCGGUUCCAGGUUCUCCGCAGCCUCGGUGGCCUCGGGCGCUGCGCGGAGCAGCCCCAGGGCAGCGCCGGGCGAGCUCCGCGCAGCGGGAGCUGCAUGGAGGCAGCACCGCGCAGGAAGUCCUCGACCCCCGCCCCGUCCCCGAAUCCUCUCGGGCUGGUCAUUUGAACCGCUUUCAGAGCACCUGCAAACCUCUCCACCUUGAGCAAAAGAUAAGAUGACUACUCUGUUGAAGAUCUACCUAGGACUGCAGAAAGUGGUCCCUAAUACUCUGCUAUACAGUAAGAAUACCAUAU